AUGGUUAUUCUCAUCUCUGUGCUUCAUUUGCUACUCCACGUGUAUAUUUCUAGUGCACAAUCAGCUCCUCAAUUACCACAUCAAUUCCAAGCUGAGGUGCAUGUAUUAUCGCAUCUUACGAAUCCUCGUCAGGAGUAUCCGACAUCAAUAAAAAGGAUGAAGAUUCAAUUCGACUUGAUACAUCAAGUCGCAAGGGCAGAAAUAUUAGAAGGAGAUGAUACAGGAAAGACAUUUGUGCGGCGAUAUGACGAGAAAAGAGAAAUUAUGGUCAAGGGUGGAGAAUUUCGCAAGUGUGAACGUGCUUAUCUUGGUGAUGCUAUGCCAGAACCAAGAAUUCCUUUUAUUCAAAAGUUUGUGGCUAUGGAAAGUUUGAGAGGUAAAGUGUGUGAGCAUUGGAUACACUCGCAUGACAACGUUCGAGUUCAUGUGUUUAAAGACGUUGCAUUAAACGUUCCCAUCCGCUUGACUGAAGAAAUAAUCAUGGACAAACAGGCAACAAUGCUCCUAACUUUUGAUCUUUACAAUAUAGUAGACGAAUACACUGCAUUGUUCAGCGCAAACACUACGAGUGACAACAUGGCGCUCUAG